AUGGCCGAUGCCUUGGGGAAGAAAGAGCGGAGAAAAAGUCUGAGUGUGUUCAGUCCAUCGACGACGGCCUCGAUUCUCUCCGGUUCGGGGAUCACCCACGAUCGAUCCCCCUCCGACGAUGUCAACACGCUCAAGAAGAGACCCCGACGCAAUUCCGGUUUCUUUGGUGUCCGAAACACCAGCCCUCCAGGCAGUCAGACCCAGAGCUAUCCCAGCAACCCCGAAGCAGAUCGCUCCGCGGGCUACGCAGCCCCGAUUCAUUCAGUGACAACCCCCGAAUUAGUCCGUCCUCGCCGCAGAUCCCUCCAGAAGAAGCGCACGUCCGUGUUUGGCUCCUUGCGAUCGCUGCAUUCCCUGGAUGAUGAAGAGAAAUCAUUCGGGCGCUCCAAGGGUUCGCCCGUGGACGAGGAGGAUGGCUUUCCCAACGCUCGACAAGGAAUUGGCUCGGUAAUUCUCCAUCAUGGAGCAAUCCAGACGACAGGGGGCAUGUGGAGGAAAAAAAGUCAGUACCUGGUCCUGACAGACACCCAUCUGGUUCGAUUCAAGAGUCAGAGCAAGGCCGCGGAGACUUUCGCCUCCAUCCCGGCGUCCUAUGCACGGUCUCCCGCGUUGAAUCGUCAGUCAAUUGCCUCUAUCAACUCCCUACAAGAGCCGCAACUCGCAGCUCCGAGCGAUGCCUCUGCUGGAAUCCCUCUGAACAGCAUUAUUGCAGUCUACAUGUUGGAUGACGGCAGACCCUCGUCCAUGGUUGAGGUUGCCUAUCUGGACGAGCGUCUGCACAAGGCAGCAUUCAUCCAGAUGCAAACACCAGAUCUUCAGGAACUAAACCUGUGGAUGGUCGGCAUCCGUUCAGCCGCCGAACUCAUUCGCACUUCGGAUCCGCUGCCCGUCGAUCCCAAGGCGAUGGAGUGUGUGGCUCGAAUGCUGGAAUAUGAGAGAGAUUACGACCCAGAAACGUUCCGCAUGUUCCGUGUCAUUCAAAUGGCCUCCAGUAGCAAAUCCUCCACGCGGGCCUCGUCGGAUGACCUCACCAAAUUGUCCCCCACGGGAUGUUACCUCGCCCUGGGCUCGCACAAGCUGCACCUAAUCCCCCUGCACAAAGUGUCCGCACGCUCCUCCGUGGUGUCGCUGUCCGAUUUGGAGACCGCAACCUCGUUUGGCCUGAUGAAUCUCACGAGUCUGUCCAUGGAGUGGGGGGAUGACAGCCUGCAUUUGACAUUCCGAGUCCCACUCCGCAAGCCAUUCUCGGUCUUUCUCGCGUCGGUACAUUCCCUCGAGGUUGCUUUCUGGUUAAGGCAACAGACGGAAUUUCUGCGGCCAUUGUGGCUCCGGCAGCCAUUUGACUUCAUUGUUCCUCGGGGUCUGGAUCACGAGAGCAAUUUCCCGCCAGUCGGUUUGAGUGAAGACUACGGUUGCUUUGAUCGGACGCUGGUCGCCUAUUCCGCUAGUUAUGAUAUCGAUACCUCCAACAUCCGUUACACGAUCGACAUGCAAUGUGAUGAUGCACCGUGUUUUCGGCUUCUGCCUCCCGCUUCACCUCAUCGUCAGAAGUACAGCGCGCUGGAGCUGAUUGCGGUCUUUCGCGCUCUCCGGUACAAUGAGUUCUUCCGCUCCAUCUCGUUCAACGGAGUCAGUCUCGAUGCGCUUUCGGGCGUCCGUGAUUUUCAUGGGCAAGAUAAAGACGCGUCCUCCACGCGUUUAGGCGUCACCGUUCACAUCCCCGGACAAGAGAGCUUGUCAGUGCUGUCGCAGGAAAUUCGUGCCCUAGCGCUCAAAAGCACUUGUCUCAAACGGCUGGAUUUCUCACACACGUUAAGUCGCACUCCCAAGGCCGAUAGCGAGAGUCGCGACCCCGGCUGUGGCAUUCCGGAGGCGCUGUUCCCCAUCUGCCGUCGGGAGCUCACGAGCGUUGACUGUGUUGCGCUGAACGGGAUCAAACUCGGCGAUUCAGAUCUCGACUAUCUGGUUGAUGCCGCCUCACAAAAGGGGAGCAACAUGCGUGCGUUGGAGCUUGGACACUGUGGCCUGUCUGUUCACGACAUUGAUCUCCUUCUUUCGACAAUCAUCGCUCAAGCCCCAACGCUAGAGACGUUGAAUAUCUCGGGUGUGCAGGGCCGCUUGAGUCCCGAUCUUCUCCAGCAGUAUCUUGGAUAUUUUGGCAAGUUGAAGAAGCUGGACCUCUCGCGAGUCUCUCGAACUUCGGGUCCGCAACCACUGAUCAGCGCAGAGACCCUGGUCAAGUGGCAACUGGAGGAACUUUCCUUGAGUCGGACCUCGGUCAAUCGAGACACUGUCGAUGCCAUCGCGACCUACCUAGCAAGUGAUAUGUCUCGAAGCCUCCGUGUGCUUCGGCUUGACCAGUGUGGAUUGUCAGGGCAGGAUGUUGCUAUUUUCUUGCACUCGAUGGCUAUUGUGGGUGCGUCCCGGGAUCUGCAUCUGUAUGUCAGCGAGAAUCGGCUCGACCUGGGGUCGUCGUAUCUCUUCGAGGCGAUUGCUCUCAAUAAAACCCCAUCGCAUCUCUCGAUGCGGAUGAUUGAUUUCAAGAAGGAGGAGCAAUUUCAGGAGCUAGUCGAGGCUCUCAGAAUGAACGAGACAUUGAAAUUUCUCGACAUCUCGAAGGCCUCGCUACCUUAUGACGCCGGACCGGAAACGUGCAAAUUACUCCAGCUGAUGUUUGAGGAGAACAGCACGUUGGAAGAUUUGGACAUUAGCGGGGAGAGUGCACACUUGGAUGUGGCCCGUUUUGGAAUUGGUCUCAACCUCGCGUUGACCGGUUUGAAGAAGAAUAAAUCUCUCAAGGUGCUCAAGAUAGAACACCAGAAAUUAGGACUGCAGGGCGCAAGCACCUUGGCGUCGGUGCUUGAGGAGAACACCUGUCUCAGGGAAGUUCACUGUGAGAAUAACGAUAUUAAUCUGCAAUCGUUCACGGUGCUGGUCAACGGGCUUCAGCGGAACAGGACCCUUCUCAACCUGUCCUACAUGGAUCGCGACAGGGUUCGAUCGCUCGAAAAAGUACGCCGCGAGAUUGAGAGUGUGAAACGUGAUACGAACUCUGCCCAGGGCUCCACGACCAGUUCCAUCCGCCGCUCGAUACAUGCUGCCAUGCACGUCAAAAAUGCAGCCGUGGGCAACAAAUUGACCAAGCAUACAUCCACGACCAAUGCCUCCCGUGGUGCAGCCUCGACAGCCACGGGCACGGCAUCAAACGGGUCUGUGCAGCAACAUGCAGUGGAUCGUGACAUUGAGGUCAUACUACGGUCAUUGAACCAGAAAUGGGACGCAGAGGUUGCGCGUCUGCGUCGUUACCUAUUUCGUAACUACAACGUGGCCAAUGGAGUAGACGAUGGAUAUACUGGACUCGACGGCGACGAUGCGGCCAGUGACGGGCGCCCAGCAACGGCAGCCAGCCUUGGCACAAUGUUGGACAAUCUGACAUUGGACGGAAAGAGGUCCACCGAUGAUGUUCGUUCUCGGUCUCGAGCCGCCUCACAGACUAGUCCUGGGCUGGAACUGCAGAUUCCCUCGAAAGUUCCUAGCCCCAACAAGACGGAAGAUCAGCCUAGCCAUCUGGACAUAUUCAAGAGCCUCGAUGAGGACAGCAGCUUUGGAUCCGGACUGGCCGAUCGACCACAAACGGUUGAUGUCCACCUUCCAGACCACGGCUCCGUGACCCUAACGCCUGACUAUUCAGGGCCGGAUGCAUCCUCUGCGCACUUGGCAGUGCCAGUGCCCGCUCUUCCUUCCAUUGCAGCCAAGCCAAACAGCGUCCGAAGUGUCCGCAGCUCAAGUACCACGUCCACCAGCGCGGGGACAGCGGCGAGUUCGCGCAGCACCUAUGGCGCUGCAUCCUCCACGUUGAGAGGCUUCCUUGCGCGAGGUGUAUCAAAAGACCGGCGCGGAAUUGAGAAGCUGAAACCUGGGCCCCUCUGUAUCACAAGUGAUGCGCCACCACGGCUGGACUGGUCACCACCCCAACUCGGACUCCGUGACUUCUAA